UUGGGCGCUGUGCCUGCACACAUAUCCUCCCUCCGCCCUACUCUUCAAAGAUGCAUAUUAAAUAUAAGUUGUUGCACUUCACCCACACCGCUGCCGCUCCCAUCCCAAACAAAAGCAAGAGCAAAAAAACAAAAAAACAAAAUAAGAAGGGAAGAAGGGAAAUUAGAGAUUCCGCCCUGACAUGUCAGCAGCAACGGGCCAAAGGGCACGCCCAUCUGCAUGGCCUGGGCCUGGGCCUGGGUCAGCGUCUGGCUCUGGUAUGACUCUGGAAUGUGGUAUAUAAGCCGACUGAAUGCCAGGAGUCAGAUUAUAAUCCCCAAGAUGGCCAAGAAGGACGAGACCAACUCCCUUCGCGUGCAGAUACUCGUCUACAGCCUGAUGGGCAUCGACCUGUGGAGCCCCACGGCGGUCAACGAUCGUCACUUGGUCACGUUCGUGACCAUGGGCCCACUGUUCGCCUUCAUGCUGCCCAUGUUCCUGUCCGCCAGGGCGAACAUAACCGAGGUGAGCCUGCUCUCUGACACGCUAGGCUCCACAUUCGCCAGCAUGUUGACCCUGGUCAAGUACCUGUUGUUCGUCUACUACCGCAAGGAGUUCGUGGGCAUGAUCUACCGCAUCAGGGGCAUUCUGGAAAAGGAGAUCAACGUGUGGCCGGAGGCCAAGGAGAUUGUAGACGCGGAGAAUCGCAGCGACCAGAUGCUGAGCCUGACCUAUACGCGCUGCUUCUGCAUGGCGGGUAUCUUUGCGGCCAUCAAGCCGUUCGUGACCAUGUCCCUGGCCCUGCUGCGCGAUGGGGGCGACGGCAGCAAGCUGCAUCUAGAGCUGCCCCACAUGGGGGUCUAUCCGUACGACUACCAGGUGAUGUGGUUCUUCGUGCCCACCUACCUGUGGAACGUGAUGGCCAGCUACAGUGCGGUGACCAUGGCUCUGUGCGUGGACACCCUCCUGUUCUUCUUUACGUACAAUGUGUGCGCCAUCUUCAAGAUAGCCAGGCAACGGCUCGUCCAUCUGCCGGCUAUGGGCGAGGCGGAUCCCAGGGGGGAGCUGGAGGCGGUGGUCCAGGUGCUGCUGCUGCACCAAAAGGGUCUGUGGAUAGCCGAUUUCAUUGCCGAUCACUACCGGCCUCUGAUCUUUCUGCAGUUCUUCUUGUCGGCCCUGCAGAUCUGCUUCAUCGGCUUCCAGGUGGCCGACCUGUUUCCCAAGCCCCAGAGCCUCUACUUUAUCGCCUUCGUGGGCUCCCUGCUCAUCGCCCUCUUCAUAUACUCCCGCUGUGGCGAGAACAUCAAGGAGGCCAGCCUGGACUUCGGCGACGGCAUCUACGAGAGCAACUGGAUGGAAUUCGCGCCGUCCACCAAGCGGGUCCUGCUCAUCGCGAGCAUGCGCGCCCAGCGUCCCUGCCAGAUGAAGGGGUACUUCUUUGAGGCCAGCAUGGCCACCUUUUCAACGGUGGGUAGAAUCCACCCUCGUACUCAUCUCCUAAUGGGAUCAUUCUUUCACAUAAUUUAUUCUCUGUAGAUUGUCCGCUCGGCCAUGUCGUACAUCAUGAUGUUGCGAUCCUUUAAUGUAUAAUUUGAAGGAGAUCACGAAACCGCUUUAGGUCGAGAAGGCACCAAGAAUAACGGGAAGAACACCAAGAAAUACAACUGAAAAGAGAGAAAACUUUACAAAAACUAAACUUAAAACACUUUAAAUGGGAAAUCGAAGAAGCGGAAUAGAAGCAUCCCCCUGCUAUGCCCCAGCAUUUUUCAACGAAAGCAAUUUCGUUUUCGUGGAGGGGGAGGAGGAGG